AUGCUGAGCAGAUCAGAGGAAGCUAAAGAGAUUUUUGACAUCCUUGAUCGAGAGCAUGCUGGUGCCAUUGACAUCAAAGAGCUAGGCAGAGGUCUAAGAGCGCAAGGUCUUAAUCCUACUGAGGAAGAAGUUCAAAGUCUCAUUAAAGAAGCCGAACAAGUCCCCAUUGGUAAAAUACAGUAUAUUGAAUUUCAAAGGCUAACUGAAAAAUGUCGUUCUACAAGUGCAACUAAUCCUGAAGAUGUAAUGAAAUUCUUCGAGACUUUUGACCCAAAUCAUGAAGGAUUCGUUAAUGCAAAUGAUAUAAAAGCAGCAUUAUGCGGCUCAGGAGAAGCCUUGGAAGAAGCUGAGGUGGAAGCUGUGCUAAAAGAUUUUGAUAAAACAGGAACAGGAAGGAUCGACUUAAGAGAGCUAAUGGAAGGACUAUUCAAAGUAAGUCAUUAA